CAAAUAAUGCGAGCUGGCCAUUGACACUCCCUACCAGCUUGAUGCCACUGAAGAGGAGAUUAUGCUACGAGGCGCAGCUUUCCUGCCGCCGUACCCUCGAGAAUGGCGUCUGGGUGACCGACGAGGUCUUGUCUCAAGCGUUCUAUCACUUUCUGAGGUACUCCUACGGCGCCAAGAGGUACGGGAGCAAUGUCCCAGGUCCUCUCGAAGCUCAGAGGAGAUUGGCGAAAAGGAGGAUGAUGGCUUUGGCUGGAGCAGGUGCGGCGCCCGUGGUAGAUCCCAACAUAUUGUUCGGCAGAAACGAACCUAUUUUGGACAAGGUGAUUUGGCAGCCACCGGACAAGAAAGAGAAGACUUUGAGCAAUACUACAUUCAAUGAUACCGCAUGGCUUGAUCGAUUGGGGCUGAGCAGCGAAUCGGACGCUAUAUUCACCUCGAUACCAAACAAAGGCGACCUUGUAGAACACUCUGCAUCGUUCUUUCAAUUCGCAAAGAGUACUGCCGAUCGAGCGACCGCUUGGGUUCACCUUCAAGAGAAACUUAGAUAUGUCGGUGUCGAAGAAAUGGUCCAACUUGCCGCCGUAGCUUAUGAGCUUGGGAUAGAGCACGUUGAUUUCUGUAAAAGCGCAUUUCGCGUUUUAGUCGACGAUGAGAUUAGAUGGACGGAGGUUUUGGAUUUUCUGCUAAAUCCUCGACUGAACAUACCAGAAGCGCAACAUUUGACAAGCCUGGUCUCCGAGCUUGGUACUCGAAAGCUAAAUGUAUCUGAUGUGGAGGCUGGAGAACAACUCAUCGAAAGAUGCGCCAAACUUGGUCUUUUAUCUGAUCACGAGUUGCCUGGUUUGACCGAUGCCAUCAACAAGAUCAGCUUCGUACAUGGUAUUGCCACCGUUUCCUCCUCGAAUAUCGCAGACUCUUGGAUGCGUGCAAUCUGGCGCGGUCUGAAAGCUUGUCGCACGCAAGACAUUUCACCAGAUAUAGCGCGGCUCAUUCUAGAUAAAUCGCGGACGUCACGGAAUUCCGCUUUUCUCUUUGAGCUCUAUCAGCAUGCCUUUCCACUGGCCGAGUAUCCAAAUGAGAAGUUAACUCUGCAGGAAAGUCUUGUACGCUGGGCUAUUGAAGCUCACAGUCACAAAAAUUCUGGUUUGAUGACUUAUGAUAUUCUAACCAAGCUCCUCGAGGAUCUUCACCCAGCGUUGGUUUCUGUGCACGAAGUCGUUGGAGCCACUGCUUUGCUAUCGCAUAAGCUGCUCUCGGCCGAUUUCGAAGCGACAAACCACCGCUGGCGUAUCUUGAAUCGCUGGCUUUCAUGUCUAGAAAAGUCAUUACCGCACAACGUUUGGACAUCCGCUUUAGAAACUCUUGCUUCUAAAGGGAUUGGACCUCUUGACCUCGCUGAAUUCUUCACUCAAAUAUCACGACACCAUCUAGUGGGUGAUGCCAUACUUCGAUUUUGGAUCCCAAAACUUCCCAUUCCACCAAAGCGCCGAGCUUUGAAGCGCCAGUCACUAGUUUAUGGCGAUGCUAGUGGUGGCUCAGAAUCAUUUCAAUCGCGAGAGGUCGCAAAAUGGGUCGCCGUUUUAGGUGACUACCAGUUUGUCUUUGAGACAUUGUUUCAAAAUAGUCCACACCCACACGACUCCAUAGUCUGCCUUCUUGUCUCGCUUCACCGUCGCCGCAGGCUCACGCCUCCUAUCCAGAAAUUACUACUAGAGUUCUGCGAAGGAGUGUAUGGCGUGGAUGCUUUGGCUCAAUUAUGUAGCCAGGCUCGUUUAGCGGGCAUUCGGUUCUCAUCACAGUCAAAUCUGCAUAUCGUUUCUCGGCUCGCGGUAAUGCAUCCUCGACUUGCAUUGAAGUUUUAUAAAGAUCGUGCUACGAAUAUAUCGCGUGUUCCCGAGCUUCCACCAGCCUUGAUAAAAGCCGGAGUACACAGCACGGAGAUAUUCAAGAUCCUGGACCGCUUCGAUCACCGUCAUUAUGUACCUCUAAGGAACCGCAUCUUGCGAAGAUGUGCCAUAAGCCAAGAUCGGGUAGAUCUUGUGCACAGAUGUGCAGAUGCCUUUUCUAGGGAUGAAACAUAUUCGAUUCGCACGCGCUUCCGGAACGUAUAUCUAUGCUACAAAUAUCUAAAAGUCAGGGAAGCACCAAUACAUUCUCUGAUGUCCCGCGCUCUUGUUCGUGCCGGCAUCACCAAUUAUCUUGUGGCCGGAGUCAAUGUCAACGAAACACAAGUAAAAUGGAUUUUGAGCGUCGUUGAGAAGGUUGAAGGGGACGCAUUGGCGCAGGAGCUUGAUUCCUUGAUUUUUCGAUGGCUGAUGGAAGUGUACGCCAGGUGGACCAUUUCCAAGGGUCGAGGCGUAAGACGCUUACACGUACCACCUCAAGAUACCGGAUUUAUACGCAGACCGAACGGGCUUCGUCGGUGGAUUACUCCCCGGCCGUUAUUGGCGAGACAAUCAGUCAUACCCAAAGUGAUUAGGCAAUAUCUCGAUACUGGAGAAUGGGUAUACAGAAGUCUGGGGGAUUUGUUCUGCGUGAGGGAGCAACAGAAGUCAACGGGGUUUGCCAGCCCGACAGAAAGCAGCCACAACAUCUAGAAAUGAAAACAAAUUCCGCAUCUUUACCAAUUUGGGUUACGGCAUAUCGACUUGAGAAUAGCGGUAACUAGGAACAAUGCGGCGUCUGCUUUUCGACAAUGCAGUAAGUUCGAGACAACCACCAUGAUAAUAUCGGGGUGAAGCAUAUCCAUCUUUUUGAGGGGGUCCGUGAACAAUUAAGCCCAAUGUACACAUGUAUAUACUAAAUUAGAACAAAAUUCUG